AAAAAAAAGAACAUAACAAGCUGGAUUUUUUACUUGCUCUCUCGCUCUCGCUCUUUCUUUUCUUCGUCUUGCACCCCCCGUUGUUUUUUCAAGCAGACUCAGCCAAUCGCAGACCGCAAACACUUAAAUCGAACCGUUUUAGCUUCUCCUAAUUAAAUUCGAUGCCCAAAAAAGGACAGGCUUCCCCCUUCCUCGUGAGAGACAAACGAAGUUCCUUUUUAUUUCUCGGUCUGGAAUUAUUGUUUUUUUUCACAAGGUCCCCCGCGACAUACAGCGCAUUCUUUUGCUUGCAUUUUCUUCAAUUCUCAUCCCCUCAUCACAUCCAGUGCCAAAAUUUAAAUAAAAACUUUGUUUUUUCUUCAUGGUUCAGAUGCUGACGCAUGAGCAAAUCGCCUUCUACCACCGCCAUGGCUACCUGAUCAUCCAUGGUUUUCUCACACCACAAGAGAUCGAAAGCUACAAAUCCGAAGCCCAAACUCUAGUCAACCAUUGCUACGAGCAUGGGGACAUAGUCACCCACUGGGGUUGUGUGAUCGAGCCCCUGGGCUGCGGCUACUUUGACACCACAGAAAUCACCCCAGAGACCCGCACCACCCGCUAUGCCUACACCGCCCUGCGCAACAAUCUCUCGCCCCUAUCCGCCACCUGCACGCUGGACAAAUUCGGCCAUUGCGCUCAGCAAUUGCUAGUACCAAGGGAGAAGAGACCCUUGGGACAGCGGGCGUUUUUACUCAACGACCAGUACAUUGUCAAGCCACCUGGCGGCACAGGAGCGGAGUUUGCCUGGCAUCAAGAUAUCUUGUACUUUUCGCUGGAGGAGCGCUGCCAUCCAAUGGUUAGCGUGUGGACUCCGCUGGAUGACGUUCAUGAAGGCAAUGGCACCGUGCUGGUUGAUCCGUUUCCUGAUUCGGAUCGCCCCGGUGUGUAUGACAACCCGCCAAGUGCCCUGGAUGCGUUUUAUGCCGUGAUGAAUGCCGGAAGCGCACUGUUUAUGGAUGGCCGGCUAAGGCACUGCAGCUCGGGGAAUGCGAGUGCGAGCUUUCGCACUGUAUACAUGCCGCAGUUUUCGCUCGGUCGCAUGGCAAGCCAAAACGAUGCGUCCGGCAGAUUUACUGCGCUGGCAGUGCCCUUGGCAGAACCAAGCUGACAGUUGAGUUAAAAAAUGACAUUA